CUUCUAGGCACUUUAAGAGGAAGUGCUGGUACAAGAAGCCACACAAGGAAAGGUAACAGGGAAUCAAAAGAAUAUCCAUGAAAAUGGCUUUAGCUAGUGGGCAGUUCUGGUACAGAUGGACAAAUGACUACUUUUUGCUUACAAUUAUUAGUUGGGGACUCCUAUCUCAUGUGGAUGCCUGGACUUACCACUUUGGAGCCAAGUCAGACCUAAACUGGGAAGAUGCACGGACAUUUUGCCAGACCUGGUAUACUGACCUGGUAGCAAUCCAGAACAAAGAAGAAAUUGUCCAUCUCAAUGCAGUCUUACCAAAACAUUCAAAGUACUACUGGAUUGGGAUCAGGAAAAUAAACAACACCUGGACCUGGGUAGGAACCCAAAAGGCCCUGACUCAAGAGGCAGAGAACUGGGCUUUUCGGGAACCUAACAACAGGUUGUCCAACCAGGAUUGUGUUGAGAUUUACAUUAAGAGGAAUGUUGAAGCUGGAAAAUGGAAUGAUGAGCCUUGCUGGAAGAAAAAACGGGCACUAUGCUAUAAAGCUUCCUGUCAACCUUCCUCCUGCAAUGAGCGCAGUGAAUGUGUGGAGACUAUUGGGAACUACACCUGCCGAUGCUACCCAGGUUUCUAUGGCCCUCUGUGUGAAAAUACUGUAAAAUGCAAAGAGUUUGGCCCUCUCCAUCAGGCCCUGCUCAUGAAUUGCACUCAUCCACUGGAGCGCUUCAGUUACAGAUCCCGUUGUAGCUUCAAGUGUGAUAAAGGUUUUACAACAAUUGGCCCAGCCCAUUUGCAGUGUUUGCCGUCUGGGCAAUGGGCAGCAGAAGUACCUCAGUGUGCAGCUAUCCAGUGCCAGCCAUUAAAUAUCCCUGUAAAUGGAAACUUCAGCUGCAUUCAUAUCCAUGGGGAAUUUCAUUACCAGUCUAGCUGCAACUUUAGAUGCGAAGAAGGCUUUCUAAUAAAUGGAGCAGAGACCAUUAUGUGUGGAGCAUCUGGAAAAUGGAGUGCUUCAGAGCCAACCUGCCAAGUUAAGCAAUGUCAGCCAGUUCGGCCACCUGCAAGAGGAAUGAUGGAUUGUGUUAACCCAAUUGGCGUUUAUAGUUACAACUCCACAUGCAGCUUUGCUUGUGAAACGGGCUUUCAACUUAGCGAUUCCCAGACUUUGAUUUGCAGUGCAUCUGGUCAGUGGACUUCACAUGUACCGGCAUGUCAGGCUGUUCAGUGCCAAUCUCUAAAGGCACCCGCUCAUGGAAAUACCACCUGUGUUCAUCUCCAUGGGGAAUUUCAGUACCAAUCUAGUUGCACCUUUUUUUGCACCGAGGGUUUUCAUUUACUUGGAAAAGAGGUCACUGAGUGCACAGCUUCUGGAGAAUGGACAGCCCCAGCCCCAGUUUGCCAAGCUGCCAAGUGCCCAUUUCUACAUAGGCCAGCAAAUGGCCAUUUAAAGUGUCUUCACCCUCAUAGCCAUUUUGCAUAUGGUUCCAGUUGCAACUUUUCCUGCAAUGCCGGUUUUCAGCUGGUUGGGCUGGCAACACUUGAGUGCACAGCAUUAGGAAACUGGACUCAAGAAAUGCCAUAUUGUAAAGCUGUUCAAUGCCCACCACUGAAAACUCCAGAGAAUGGCAAAGAAAACUGCUCUAAUACUUAUGGACACUUUGCAUAUUACUCCAGCUGCAUCUUCUCCUGCAACUCUGGGUUUGAAUUAGCCGGAUCAGAGAAGCUGAACUGCACAGAUCAAGGAAACUGGACAGGAGAGACGCCUGUCUGUAAAGCUCUCAAGUGCCCAGAAUUGCAUGCUCCAAAGAAUGGACAGCUCAAAUGCUCUCACCCUUAUGGAAACUUCACAUAUAACACCAGCUGUGUCUUCUCCUGUGAUACGGGUUUUAUAAAAAUUGGAUCCAAGAGGCUUAACUGUAUGGCCAUGGGAGAGUGGACAGGAUUUGCACCACUUUGUAAAGCCAUAAAGUGUCCCCCACUGAGAGAGACGGAGAACAUGAAAAAGAAUUGCUCCCAUCCCUGGGGCUCCUUCAGCUACAGCUCAGGAUGCCGCUUCUCUUGCAUUGAGGGCUUCAUUCUCAAUGGAACAAGCAGGAUGCAGUGCCAACCCGAUGGCCGCUGGUCUGCUGAGAUGCCUGUUUGUCAAGAAAGUACUGCCAUUUACCUCAAGCAAGUUCUGCUUUAUACCGGUGGAGUCACAGCAGUCCUUGUUGCUGCUUUGAUCUCUGGAGGUCUGAUAGCUCUGGCAAUUAAGCGUCUCAGCAAAAAAGAGGAGAGACUGUUAAACGAUACCAGUGACUUGGGGGUACCUGGUGUAUAUUCCAAUUCAGCAUAUGGCUCAGUUUCCUAGGAACUCAUCUGGUACAUACUAUGAAGAAAAAUGCUGAUGCAAUGGGAUAUCCCUGCACUUCAAUUCAAGUCUACUAAUAUUGUUGAUUAGGAUUUGUGCUCACUGAAAUCUGGAGACAAUAAAUUAACGCUUGCAACAUCUAGCUUUAAAAGAUACUUUGCAUGGAGCUUCCAUUCACCACCCAGCUACAGCACUUAAAGGAUCUCAAAACUUCCCCAAAUUUAUUAUCAUUUAUCUUCUGGCCAAGAUGCUCUGAGAUGACCUAUGUUCUUCCUGCGUUGUUGGACUUCUAACUACUCAUAACAUUGCAAACCAUGAUUGGUAAAAGAUGGUGUAAAUAUGCCAAGAAAACAUUUUUUAGAAAUUGUGACUGAUUCUCCAAGACACAAUAAUUUUAGCACUGACUUUAAAAAAAACCCAUAGAUUUCAAAAUUGAGGCUUGCUUCUAUUUUUUUACAUGUGUAAUCAAGAUACACAUGUAAAGGCUUAAUAAAUCCUGCUUCUUUCACAUCUUGCUUUUCAUAAUACAAAAAGUUAAUCCAGAUGCCAGAAAACAUCUGUGCUCCAUAUUAUUGAAGGAGAAUAUCCAGCUUUUCAAAAUGUUUAUCCAGUCACCCUUGUGGCUUUUCAGUCUUCGCCCAAAAUUGUUCACAUACCGGAUUUUUUCUUUUUAAAUAAUAGCAUGGCUAGAAUCUUGCUUUCAAAAGCAAAUUAAACAGGACAACUUUAGGAAACUGGCUGCUGCAAUCAAUCACAUGCUGUAUUCUGUAGCAAAUACCUGAAAACUCAAAAGUGCUGAUCAUAUACUGUUCAUUUUAAGGAGUCAGACAUGCUUUAUAUUUUAAUCAGGUGAUUCCUUUAUUAAGAUUAAGAGGGCCAGUUAUCAAGAUGCUCUAAAAAUCUAUAAUACCUCAAAAGUACAAUUUGGUCAAUUAUCUGGUUAGGUAUUGUUAGUUGACUUAUUGUUCCAACACAGUUAAAUAUUUCAAACUCAAGAACAAAUCCUACUGCAUUACAGUGCUUCUUUUAUUGUCUACUUGCAUUUACAACUAGAAAAGGCCACUUUCCUAGCAUGUCAAAGUAGAAAUAUAACAUCUCAGAUUGAAAUCCUCACAGAAUUCAUUUGAUAUUGUUGAGUCAGACAUCAUAGUCUCAGCCUAAUCUACAGUAUCUCAUAGGGAUGGAAGAAAACAAUAUACAUAAUUUUGAUUUUAGUGGGAGGAUGUAAAUGUAACAAAAGAAUGCAUUAUUUUUAAAUUAAUGUUAUUGUUUCACAAUAAAAGCCAUUU